AUGUGUCCUUCUGGUACGACUUUACGAGCUGAAACCACCACCGUGGGUUCAGAUUUUAGGCCAGCGUUUAACGUGCUUGAUGUUGAUCACGAUGGCAAGAUUAGCCGUGACGAUCUACGCAAGUUUUAUUCUGGAUUUUCAAGCGGUGGUGCUGAUGAAAAGGCUGAAAAGCGCGUUUCAGAUUCAUCAGUCCCCACCAACACAGCCAUGGAUAUCUGUGCUUCGCCUUGCAAAAAACCCAAUUCAGAAUCCAAGCAAACCUCCAUUGAUGACCUCUCAAACGACCUCCUAAUAGAAAUCCUCCACAGAAUUCCUCUGAAACCCGCACACAGCUUCAAGUGCGUUUCCAGGAGAUGGGUCCAAGUGAUCUGUCAACCCCAAUUUGCUGAACGUUUUACACAGAGAAUGAAACUCUUGUACCCAUCACAGCCAUCACCACCCUUUACACUGUUCUUUCAGUGUAGCUUUCCCCGACCAUUUCCCGUUGAGUUCAAGCAUUUUCAGAGGGAUCCACAGUUUAUGUCCUCCAACUUUUCCUUGAGCUUUCUUCCUCAGAAUCCAAACCCCAUUAUUUUCAUAGCAACGAGUAAUGGGUUGGUGUUGUGUUCCACAACACUCUUGUCUCAGAUGAUGUACUACGUCUGUAAUCCACUCACUGCGAACUGGGUCGCUCUUCCUGUGCCUCCAAGGUUUGACAGUCAUGUCCUUGCUGGGUUUGUGUGCCAUUCCUACUAUGAUGACAUUGACACCAUUACUCGGUUCAAGGUUGUGCGUGUUAGUGCUAUCGAAACAGAGAGAAAAUCCCUCCUCCAUCUCUGUGUGGAGAUAUUCAACUCCGACACUAGUGAAUGGCAACAAUUUACAGAGCAAUGUGAAGGUCUUCAUACCACCAUGGAUUUUACCAAGUUUCAGACACAUGCAGUUCUUGCCCACAAUGAUAUCAUGCAUUGGGCGCACAGUGGCAGAGUUAUCCUUGCUUUUGAUCCUAAUAACAAACAUGAUCAUAAAUGCCUUCUCAUUCGUCAACCAGGAGAGCUCUGUUACAUGGAUAGACAGGUUUGCUUAUCAGCUUACCAAGGGCGUUUGCGGUGCAUGUUUCUAUCCAAUUCGAACAAUUAUAGAUUACUGUUUCAACAUUGGGAACUCGAGGACUACAUUGCAGGGAAAUGGUGCUUGGUGGCAAAGUUUCCUGUGAGCAACACUAACUUAUUGAGAGUGCUAGGUAUUCACCCAGUUGAUCCAAACAUCGUUUAUUUGUUGAGGACAAAAAAUAUUGUGUUGCUGAAUGCACACACUCAACAAAUGGAGGUGGUUUAUUAUUUUACUGAGGGUCAAUUUGGACGUGAUAAUACUAUGAUGAAUUCUUUCGAGUUCUACAGAUCAAAAAAAAAGUUCAAUGCCUUCCAGUUUGUACUUCAAUGGUGGCCAACACCAGUUCCCAAACUCGAUAAAAGGGGACACCAUUGGGCAACGUAGCGUCUUUCAUGGUGGGGGUGUAUUCUGAUAAGCAUAUUGACCUCUCUCACAUUAGUCCCUUUUAAGGUGUUGCCAAAAAGGGUGUUGCUGCUAGAGAUGGAUAUUGGGAGCAUAAAGAAUGGAGCUUGGGCGAGCUACAACCCUUGGAACCUGUUUUCUUGCUUUUUAUUUUUAUUUUUAUUAGUGUUCUAAACUGAUUUUUGUUUUCAAAUCUUUAUUUCUAUGGAUGUUGGUAAAUAUUUCUUGUUGGCUUAUUCAGUAUAGAACUCAAAGUUGCCCUUAUGAAAGACUGGUAAUUAAGGUUAGCAGAAGAAUUUGU